AUGUACGGCAGCCUCAUCCACCAGCACAACUUGCAAAAAAACAACUUGACCAACCACAUCAGCAGCCAGCACAUCAACAACGAUCUCAGCAACAACGAGGACCACUUCAACUGCGCCAGUCCCAUGCUCUUCUCACAUCCCGUGCGCAAACCUCGGAAGAGAUUCGAAAGUGAAUUUGAAGACAACAACAACAGCAACAAUAAAAAGAACAACAACUACAACAACAAUAAUAAUAAUGAUGAUGGUGAUAAUAAUAAUAAUAAUAAUGAUAACGAUAAUAAUAACAAUGAUAAUAAUGAUAAUAAUAAAAAUAAUAAUAAUAAUAAUAGAAACGAUAUUCUAAUUAAUUUCGCGCUUCAAAUUUGCGACAUUGUUGGUUGCCAUCUUGACAACGGCCACGUAGCAUGA